CAGCAACUAUUAGGGAGUUUAUAUCCUACGACAUGAGUCCAAGUGCCUGCAAGCGAUACAGCAGGACUCCUUUGAGCUGCACAACCGGCAAGGACAGCGCCUCGGCAUUUGAGACUCUUAUUGCUCUUGGAGCAGAUAUCAACGCGGUCGACGUGCAGUUCGUGUACAUUGGCAAUGAGCUUUCAAUCUUGCACCAGAUAUCAUUGUAUAAUUGUCUCAACGUUAUGAGUUUAGUAUUGAAUUACCGCUGGGGUGAUCUGGAAAGUAGAUCGGAGAACGGCCACAUGGCACUACACAUUGCGGCGACUGGUAGCAAUCUUUGGAUGGUGCGGAAACUGGUAGAAGCUGGUGCGAAUAUUUCUGCAAUGGAUGGCCGUGGAGCUACACCGCUAGAUCAUAUGGCACAUCAUGCGGAAUACGAGUCUGACAGCACAUAUCAGCUGAACUGUUUACUUUGA